CUGCGACUCGUGAAGCUCGUCAACACUGAAGAGUUCGGGACACCUUGAAGUGGCGGGCUGAAUAUACUCUCGUACUUUGAAGUCGAUAGGAUUGGGAUAUUGGUACUAAGAUUCGACCAAUUCUCAUCCUGCGCGGUACAUCCAAGCACCAGCAACUAGGGUUCGUGUUCAACAAUCGAAAGCCUUACCCUGACGCACCUUAUCAUACCCCUUUAAAGCGGCUAUUGAGACGUGGCGGUGACACGAACUCGCUCGUUUCCCAUUUAUCUUCGAGACCCGCUUGUUUUAUGCUCCCUUGAGCAUCCUACCUACAGAUGGCCGACGUUCGCAGUUUUACCGUUCGACCACUGUCGAAGCAGGCCCGCAGCGACCUCAAAGAUGCGUUUCGCAUCUAUCUGUCUUCCUCCUCCCUGGCAGCUCUGAGGCUCCGCGCCGAUGACCUAUGUACCUUGUCGUGGGCCGAAGGAUCCCCAAAGACUGCAAUUGCUUGGACUGCGGUGGAGAAUAUACAAAGUACGGUGGUACAGAUGUCAAGGACUCUUCAGGACUCUUACGGUAUCAAGGUCGGAGACAAAGUUGCGAUCACCAAAAUUGACGGAACUCUUGACGAGAUCGAAUCGAUUAUCCUGGUGGAUUGCUCCGACGCCGAGAAAAUCGAAAGAUUUGGCCCAAUUGCUGAUGAGGAAAAGUCUCAUUGGGAAUGGACCUUGGAGUUCCCACUCCUCAGGACUGAAGUCCUGACGAAUGGCUUGGUCUUCGAGUUGGAGCUCAAGGGCCAGCGCCGCAACUUUAAAGUCGUCAACAUAUACGCCCCAGGCGCGAGCCUAAACCGUACCAUUUUCCGGUUCACCAAGAACUCCAAGGUUUCGAUUGGAACAGAGGUACAGACAAGGGAUGACUCGCGAUCAAGCAUUGCUGUCCAGCCUGUGGGCCUGGGUGGUCUCGCUCGUCAAAUCGAGGACAUCAACGAGAGUCUCUCUGAUUUCAAUCUUGAUCCGCGUAGCCCUGCCAUGCCAUCAUUCUAUGAGCAUAACCGGGGAAUCCUUCUAUAUGGUCCCAAAGGAACAGGCAAGACGGCUCUCCUGCGACAGAUUGAGUCAGCUGGCUGGAAGCAAGUAUUCAGAAUCGACACAUCUUCCCUUGGUCGCAGUACUAGCGAAAGCGAGAAGAAGCUCCGCAAUCUAUUCCAAGAAGCUGCUCGUGCCAAGCCAAGCGUGAUCCUCAUUGACCAGUUGGAAUUCAUCGCACCGAAGCGAACUUCCUUUGAAUCGCAGUCCCUGGUGUCUGUUCUGUGCGAAAACCUCGAUGCGAUUCACAGUGGAUCCGUUCUUGUGGUGGCGGCUACACGGCAUCCUAAUAAUGUUGACGACGUUCUUCGAACCCCUCAUCGACUUGGAACUGAAAUCGAACUACAAGUUCCUACAGCCCAGGAUCGGGCUGAGAUUCUGCGAGCCAUUCGCGGGCCUGCCUUUGCGGGACUCAGUGAUGAUCUGAUUGAUUUCAUCGCCGAGAAAACUCACGGAUACGUCGGGGCAGAUCUAUACGCUCUUCUUCAGCUCAUUUGUCGGAAAGCUCGACAACGGCAGCUGGCUGAGCAAGGUUCCGCCAUUCUACCGGCGAAGCCAACCCCUCCAGAAGUGGACUCAGCCCUUGGUGAUCUUGAUGAUUUUAGUAAUGGGGAUGUUCGCGUCGACUUGGAUAUUAAGGAGGCGGACAUUCUUGCGUCCAUGCAAGAGAUCCGCCCAACGGCCAUGCGUGAGGUCUUCUUGGAGACACCAAAGGUUCGGUGGUCGGACAUUGGAGGACAGCAUGAGAUUAAGAAACGCCUCCAGCAGGCCGUCGAAAGACCCCUCAAGCACCCGGAACGAAUGCGCCGACUCAACGUAAAGAGUAAAAAGGGUAUUCUUUUGUACGGACCUCCAGGAUGCUCCAAGACUCUUACUGUAAAGGCACUAGCUACUGAAGCUGGUCUGAACUUCUUGGCUGUCAAGGGAGCGGAAAUCCUGAGCAUGUAUGUCGGAGAAUCCGAGCGGUCACUGCGAGAGAUUUUCCGGAAGGCUCGCGCAGCACGGCCGAGUAUCAUCUUCUUCGAUGAGAUCGAUGCUAUUGCUACUCGUCGCAGCAGCAGCUCUCAGGGUGGUGUCAAUGUCCUAACCACGCUUCUCAACGAGAUGGAUGGUAUUGAGGAAUUGCGCAAUGUGUUGGUCAUUGCUGCCACAAACAAACCGGAUGUCCUGGACCCUGCCCUCAUGCGACCUGGUCGCCUAGAUAACAUCCUUUAUAUCGGUCCUCCAGACUUUGAAGCCCGACGGGAAAUUCUGCGGAUCUGGGCAAGUAAGUCCGUCAUUCAUCCAGAUGUUGAUCUGGAUGAACUGGCAGCUUGCACAGAGGGCUACUCGGGUGCCGAAAUGGUCAGCAUCUGUGAGACUGCAGGUGACGCAGCACUGGAUGAAGAGGAGGAGACACAACAGGAACAAGAUGUGAAGUUGAAGCACUUUGAGUACGCCUUGACUCAGGUGCGGCGUCAAAUCACAGACGCUGUCAUCCAAGAGUAUGAACAGUGGCGAGAUGCACAGAAAUAGAUAUAAGAGACGACCCUGUUAGAUUGGUGAUACCCUGGAUCGAUAUAAAUCCUCUCAAUAGAUACGGGUG